GGCAAUCAUAUUUAGCUCCGGUCGCGUGGAGCCGGCAUUUCAGUCGUGCUUUGCUGUCAGAUCGUUCAGUUCCAAGGAGACGCGUUACACGAAAAGGUGAAUCUAACCGAACGGUUCCCAUUGAACGUUAAGGAGGGACGAGUCUCGUGUGACCUUACAUUUAUUUUGCGUUUUACGAUCGUGUAUUAACUUGUGCACACAUCAAGGGACGACGAGUAGCGGUAACAUUCAUCGAAAAGGUUACCUUGCCGAGAAGUUUGUCGAGGAUAGCUACAAAGGAAUAAAACAGAAAUGGCACCAAACAUCACCAGCACCCCAACGGGUGUCCUGUUCGAGGGUGAGACCUUGGAAGAUGCUCCAGGGGUGGUAGAACCAACUAAACAAAAAUACGUGAGACGUAUAGUCUGGAGGAAUGUAAUAAUCUUCGGUUACCUUCACCUGGGUGCAGUUUAUGGAUUGUACCUGAUGUUAACAUCCGCCAAAUUGUCAACCACCCUGUUCGCAAUCACUCUCCACAUUCUAGGUGCCUUGGGAAUCACAGCUGGUGCACACAGACUAUGGGCCCACAAAUCGUACAAGGCAAAAUGGCCACUCCAGCUACUACUAAUGAUUUUCAACACCAUUGCUUUCCAAGACGCAGCGAUCGAUUGGGCUAGAGAUCAUAGGCUCCAUCAUAAAUACAGCGAGACGAACGCAGAUCCCCAUAACGCAAAGAGAGGGUUCUUUUUCGCCCAUGUGGGCUGGCUACUCUGCAGAAAGCACCCGGACAUCAGUGAGAAGGGCAAAGGAAUCGAUCUCAGUGAUCUGAGGAACAAUCGUAUACUUGCUUUCCAGAAAAAGUACUACAAGGUUCUGAUGCCCAUCUGCUGUUUCAUCCUACCAACUGUAAUACCAGUUGUAGCCUGGGACGAGACCUGGUUAAACGCCUACUUUGUACCCACGAUUCUGCGUUAUGUAUUCUCUCUGAACAUGACGUGGUUGGUCAACUCCGCGGCCCAUCUCUAUGGAAACAAACCAUAUGACAAGUACAUCAACCCCGUGGAGAACAUGGGCGUAGCCAUAGGUGCUCUCGGUGAAGGAUGGCACAAUUAUCACCACGUGUUCCCCUGGGACUACAAGACGGCCGAGUUGGGCAACUACAGAUACAACGUGACAACAGCUUUCAUCGACCUGUGCGCGAAACUUGGUCUCGCAUACGACCUGAAAAUAGUUCCUUACGACGUGGUUAAGAAACGAGUGGAGAGAACCGGCGACGGUAGCCACGAAGUGUGGGGUUGGGGUGACAAAGAUCAAUUGCAAGAAGACAAGGAGCAGACGAUGGUGACGCAUUGUCUGAAAAAGGAUCAAUAGAUGAGAACGAUUCAAACGAAUCGUGGUCGAUCGUUCGUUCCAUCGAUUUUAAAAACAACGAUCGACUCUUUUUUGUACAGUUCUUAUGAAAGGAGCGGGAUGAGAGAGUUAUCUGAGAAUCAAUUGGAAAUUAUUUGGGACAUCACUUAAUUAUUUAAUCACGCGAUUGUACGAAGUGUUGUAGAGUUACGUUCGAUUCUUUUCCCCCUAAAAAUCGAUUCGAACGGCGUGCCUUGAACCGAAGUACAAAAAAUACAGUAUUUAUUCUUUUUUGUUUAGUUCCGUCUAAAAAAAGAAGAAACAAAAAUUAACCGUGUGAAUCUCAGAUUUCGUUUGUUUUUAUUUACUUUUUAUUUGGUGUUUUAUUUUUCUAUAAAAACUAGCUUAUUUUUCUUUUUUCUUGGGUUAAUAGUACAUGAUGAUUGAUCCACGAUCUUUGUACACGCCGGUGGAAUCGAUUUCUACGCGGGGAAUAUUAUAUCAGGGGAUAACAUUAAAACUCAUUUGGCAGGUUCUAAAUGUAUUUAUCAAUGAUCCCGGCGUAAAGCGAGAGUGAAACAGUCCCCGGUCUCAGUCAUCGUUUCACGUUUCCUUGACGACGUUCUAGAUUUCCAACGAUAGGCUCGCGUUCGACGAUCGCGUUUCAGAUCGAACCGAAUCAUCGAUUUUCUAGUCGAUGAUUGUUCGAUCUAAUUAGACUGUUCUGUUUUACAUUUAAGGUUUAGUUCGUGUUCUCUUGACUAGCACGUGGAACUCUGUUUAGAUGUAGAUUCUAUUUAACGUAUCUGUAGAUGCUACAUUGAUCUGUAGGAAGGGGGGAGGGUUACUGCGCAGGGUGGUAAACCGGGUCUUAAUUCGAAGGUAACAUAUUACCCGUGAACGCGAGUCGAACGUUACUUAGCGGCGAUGGAUCGAACGAGACAGAGAACAAAUUUUUUUUUUCAUGUUCGUUAAAGGAAAAACUAACGAAGAUUUAGGCAUGUGAUAUAAUAUGUAUAUUAAGCUUUAAUACAAUGAGAAUUCGUUCGAUCCCCGAACUUUGUCACGCGUCGAUAGGAAAUCGUUGAAGAUCGAUCCGUUUUAUUUCAUUCGUGAAAGUAUAUCGGUUUCUUCACCUAUUUCCUGUAUCUUGUGUUUCUUCUUUCUCGUACAAGGAUACCCUUUACGAUCCGGAAAAUAACUAUUCUCCAGAUUAAAAAGUAAACAAAACAAAAGAAAGUUAACAUUCCAUUUCUAUCUUCCUUCCCCCUUCGGAUCCGAACAUUUAGUCACGGGAUAACAAUGUAAAUGUUAUUUUAUAUUCUAUUUUGUUCCUACAGUGUCGUCAGAAAACACUUAUUUUGUUGAAUGUCCUUUUUUCCUCUCUUCUCGUUCAUUCUAAAUCCGUUCAUCGAUUUCUUCUAUUCAUGAUCGCAUCGAAUUUAAUCUUGGAAAGUUAUAUAAAGUACAAAAGAGAUACACUUUCUUUUUUUUUCUUCUUCUAUGAUCGAUCGUAGGAAUCGAACUUCAGCAGAUGAAUCUGAACGACGAUUGGUAUAUCAGAAAUUACAGUUUAAUAAUUAAACGUUAGCUUUUACGAGUAGCGGUGUGAAAUUAUGAAAAUUGUUAGUUCAUUUCAAGGAAAUGGUGUUGAAAAGCUUUCGUAGAAGCUUGGACAAUGUGUCUAAACGUAAUUUCAAGCUUUUCAAGGUUAAAGGUGAAAACAAUAUCAUCCUUUAACUUAUUCUCCCGUUCCGUUAGACAAGCACACGAAGAACAGGGGAUUUGUGUGGUACAGCAGUUUGUACGAGACGAGAGCGAGCAAUUGUAAAAAAGAAAAAAAAAAAUAUGAAAAAGACAUAAAAUAGAAUCGAAAAGGACCUUUUAGUUAGUUUAAGGAAAUACACCCUGCGCCAAGGUGAUUUAUACGUGUAUAUUUAUGCACGAUUCCUUGCAAGAUAAUUCAUUGGAAAAAUAUUGUAAAAAAAUAGAGAGAAACAUUGUACGCUUACUGUAUAUUCAAUGGAAAUGUU